AUGCCUCCCUAUUCGGAGAAGAACGAUUUGGACAAGGAUGAGACGAGAGAGGAGGCCGAGGUGCCUGGCAACCCACCCGCGGCCAGUGAGACAGAGAGGGAAGGCAGAAGGCUGGAGCAGGAGGGGGCCGAGGAGGGUCAUGACCCGUACAAGCGCUACUUUGCAGCUGCUGAAGGGCAAAGUGCUGCCAGGAAGAGGGUGCAGAGAAUGUUCAAGAUCUUGAAACCCUUCGUGCUGUCUGUGCGGAAUCAGAUCCUGAAAUUCGGAGAGGAUUGGAUCUUCCUCUUUCUGUUGGGCAUGUUCAUGGCGACCAUCAGUUUCAGCUUGGAUGUCAUCACUUCCAAGUUUCAAAGAGCCAAUCUGUGGGCCUACGACAUGCUGGAAAAUUACCGAUACCUGCAGUACUUCUCGUGGGUCCUCUAUCAUGUCAUCCUCACCAUGGUGUCGGCUGGAGUGGCCAAGUACAUCUCACCGCAGGCUGCAGGGUCCGGUAUUCCUGAGUUGAAGGUUACCUUGCGAGGUGUGGUGCUGGAUGAGUUCUUCACCUUCAGGACCUUUGUAGCGAAACUCAUUGGUGUCAUUUGCACUCUGGCAGCUGGAAGUACUAUUUUCUUGGGAAAAGUGGGUCCCUUCGUUCACAUGGCAACCAUCCUCGCCACUCUGCUAGGAAAAGUUAUGGUCAAAUUCGCAGGCACCAAAGAGAAUAAAGGGCGCAAGUAUGAAAUGCUGAUCGCUGGUGCGGCGGUGGGUGUUGCCUGUUGCUUUGUGGCACCUGUCGGAGGCGUCCUGUUUAGCGUGGAGACAACAGCCACACACUUUGCCGUGAGGAAUUAUUGGCGAGGGUUCUUUGCCGCGACGUGUGCAGCUCUGAUGUUCCGGGUGCUGGCUGUGGUGAAUAAUGAACACGAAACGGUGGCUGUGCUCUUCACUACCAACUGGAGGGUGGAGUUCCCCUUUGACCUGCCAGAGUUCCUUUCCUUUGCCAUUCUUGGGGUCAUCUGUGGAUGUCUGUGCUGCGUUUACCUGUUUUGCCACCGGAACCUCACAAUAUUUAUGACCAACCACAAAAAGAUUUCCAAAUUCAUGGCGGAUAAUAAGAUUCUGUUUGCCGGAUUCGUGGCUCUUGUACUGGCAAGUGUAACCUUUCCUCAUGGAGUGGGCCAGUACAUCGGUUCAAGGCUCUCCAUGAAGGAACACCUGGAAACAUUCUUUGAUAACCGUACCUGGGGCUCCGACGAACAGAUGCUGGAGAACAAGACCAGACAGCCCCCUGCCCCAACCUACAAUGCUAACUGGCUUCAGUGGACCCAUAUGAGACUUUCGUCUUUGGAAAUGUUGACUUUCUUUAUAAUACUGAAGUUCUUCAUGCUGCUGUUGGCCACGACGAUGGUCGUUCCUGCAGGUUACUUUCUGCCUGUUUUUGUUUAUGGUGCUGGACUCGGACGGCUGUAUGGAGAGAUAAUGGCCAAGAUCUUUCCAGAAGGAAUCAUUUCGGAGGGAAUUCACAUCAAAAUUACUCCUUCUGGAUAUGCAUUGGCAGGGGCUGCAGCCUAUUCUGGGGCAGUCACCCACACCAUCUCCACUGCAGUGCUGGUUUUCGAGCUGACGGGGCAAAUGUCCCACAUCCUGCCAGUCCUCAUUGCUGUGUUGGUUGCCAACGUGAUCAGCCAACGAUCCCAGCCGUCCUUCUUCGAUGGGAUCGUCAUUGUGAAGAAGCUGCCCUACCUGCCUAAGCUGACAGUGGGGAAAAGUGGCGCCCAUGAUAUCUAUGCGGAGGACUUUAUGGUGACCGACCUGAAGUAUCUGGCAAAGGAUUUGAAAUAUAAAGACAUCCGAAACCUACUGAAGAACACAGAGCUGAAACAGUUUCCCCUGGUUGACUCAACAGAGUCCAAGGUUCUGCUGGGAUCCAUCAAACGUAAAAAUCUCGCCAAACUCCUCGCAGAGCAACUGAGCCCAGAGAGGAGGCUGCGGUACAUUCUGGAACAAUCGAGGCAACCCGCAGAGGCUUUAUCAGAUCAUGAGAAUAACUCAUGUUCCGAUAGAAUUGGUUCUGACGACUCCCGCCCUCCUGAAACCCAACAGUUCCACAGAGAAGACAACAUCUAUAUUGAAAAUGAAGAGGCCAAGGUGGUUCAAGAAAGUCGCCCAUCAAAAUCAAACAAGCAGAAGCGAUUUCGUUGUUACACCCUGGAUGGAGAGGAAGUCUUCGACAUGAUGACCACGUGGGAGGUUGAGGAUUGGGAGUAUGCUCAGCUUCAGCAGGUGCUUAACCUGGAUGAGUGUGUGAUUGACCCAGCCCCAUUCAGACUAGUGGAAAAGGAAACACUGUAUGAGUGCUACGACCUCUUCAAUCUCCUUGGACUGCGGAUUGCCUACGUGACCUCCACAGGAAGACUUGUUGGUGUAGUUGCUCUGAAAGAGCUGAAGGCAGCGGUUGAGAAUUGUGUGAAGGGAACCUCCACCCGAGGGAGUCCGGCAAAGGAGGAGGACCUGCCUCAGAACAUCACUCUGAUCCAGAACGACGGUGCCAAGGACAACUGA